AUGAUGUACUCACCUGAUAAGAUGAUGGGAAGUAAGGGUCUUCAUGGGACACCCAUUUCUGCGCCCGGGUGCUUUCCUUCCGGAAGAUACUCGCCGCCUUCUUAUCGCUCAGGCCCAGAAUCCAUGCCGCCUCCUCCGCCGCCGAGACGAUGCAUGCCUAAUCCUGGGUUUUGUUUUAUGAACGUUGCAAAAACAUGUGGAUACAAAAAAUUAAGUUUACUUGAACCAAGAACAUUUUUUGAACAACCUAAGUUGCUUUGGCGCGAUUAG